AGUUCUUGGCUCAAGGACGUUGUGUGUGCUGGUUGACGCCUGUAUCUGCGGCCGCGAUGCGGCGCUACGGUUUUGGCUUGCACAGACUGUAUUUGGUGGUCUCGGGCGUUGGUACAUCUGUACGUGUGCUCUACACCACGCCGAUUGACAUCAUGUUUGUGCUGGGCCUGUUGCCGCUGCUGGUCAAGUUUGCCGGUGAGUGCUUGCAUAUUCGUGCUGCUCGAGAGUUUUUGUCAUCCCCUCUCUCGCAUAUGGCGUGGAUCAUUUGGUGUCAGCGUCGUGCCCACUGGGAGUUCACAUUGUUAACCUCCAACCUCCAGCAUCCGACUCUCGACUUCCACCUCAACCAAUCAACCGCCAACCUCCACCAGCACAACACUCAGACCUCCAACCUCUCACAUUUGACUUCCCACUUCCACCACCAAUCGACCUCUAGCUGAUCUCUUGGGUGUGUCACAGAGCGCGUAUGGGCCUUCGAUUGCACGUGGUGAUCUGUUUCUUGAGUAGUACCUGAAGGAUUUGACACAGAGUUCAUGAGAACACUAGUGCUCCCACACCCAUGUGCAGUGGAUUGGAGGUCCGAGGAGUUCAACUCGAACGUGUUUUGCUAUGAGUUCGAGAUCACAGAAAGGACGAUGACACCCACGGGUUUCUCCGACAGUCUCACACCACAAGAACUACGAUUUCAACGAGACGACGUGGCUACAUCAUGAGAAAACGGAUGAGUGGGGACUGUCGGGAAAUCAGCUCCUGAAGUACACAUUGUCCUGAGUAGACCCCCGACGCGCGCAGCUUCUCAUGCGAGGCCAUGACCUCACCCGCCUCGCCCUUAAGGGGCCCGGGCGCAUGCCCGCACAAGCGAUCCGUAUCCGUAUCCGUAUCCGUGGUCCUCAUUAUGUUCGCCCCACCUGCGGUGACGGACACUUUGCGCGCUAACCCCUCUCUGUCCUCCUCUCCC